AUGAACUCGACGGAAGCGACCGUCGACGUCAACCGUUCCACGCCGAUAUACACUAUUGGCACUAACUUCAUAACCCAAUGGAAACUACAGAAGUUAAAGCAGCGGUCAUGCGUGUCCAGCUCAUAUCCGGAAUGCCAAGGAUAUUUCACUAACAUCACUAACUACACAGAUGUGUACUUGUUCAACGAAACACUUGACGACAAUGUUGAUUUGCAACCAGUUCUUCCACCUUUCCCACUUUGGUUAGCGAUCAUCAUUGCGACGUGUCUGGUGCUGGUCAUACUUUUGACUGUUAGCGGAAACGUACUAGUACUGCUUGCAUUUUUGGUAGACAGAACGAUUCGUCAGCCAAGCAACUACUUCAUAGCUUCACUUGCUGCUACUGAUCUGCUAAUAGGUACGUUAUCGCUCCCCUUUUAUACAGAUUAUGUGUUAAAAGGGUACUGGCACUUGGGGCCUUUGUUAUGUGACCUUUGGCUGUCCGUUGACUACACAGUAUGUUUGGUAUCACAAUAUACCGUUUUACUCAUAACAGUAGAUAGAUUUUGUAGCGUCAAAAUAGCAGCAAGAUAUAGAGCUUGGAGAACUAAAAAUAGAGUGAUAUGGAUGGUCACAGUUACUUGGAUAAUACCAGCAUUAUUAUUCUUUACUACCAUAUUCGGAUGGGAACAUUUUGUUGGAUAUAGAGAUUUGCAAGAAGGCGAGUGCGCUGUUCAAUUUCUUAAAGAUCCAAUUUUCAAUACAGCUUUAAUUAUAGGAUACUAUUGGACUACGCUUUUUGUACUUAUUGUGUUGUAUGCUGGUAUUUUUAAAACAGCAUAUAACAUGCAAAAAAAGAGCGAAGCGAAACAAAGGAAAAUGCAAUCAAUGGUUGCUUUAAGUGCUGGUGUAAUGACUGGUAUGGCGGGAAGAGCUGCUGGAAUGGCUGCUUUAUCUAAAGCUACAAUUUCUAGUGAAGAUCAAAUAAAAGUUUCUGAUUCCAUUCGUAAAGACUCAACUUCAAAAGGAUCACUCGCCGCUCCGUUACUAAAUUUAGGUGGAUCAACAGAUUCAAAUUCGAGUCAGAAAUCAUCUGCCCAUAAAAGUAGUGCAACAGUAACUGGUACAUCUACAACAGCUGAGUCAGAUGCAGAUAAAAAAGAGGACCAAGUUGAAGCUGAAAGAUCAAGCAGUCCUGCAUUCGACUCAGACGAUGAAAGUACUACUCAAUCAAAUAUUAAAAAGCGGCCAUCCGUAGCUAAUUUAGUGAUGCAAACUGGUGCACUUCAAUUACUUAACAAUAUGCGGUUAAAUGGUAGUAUGCUAAUGAAACCAGAUAUAAAACAAUCUCCGUUAUUAAAACAUGAUAUUGAAAAACCAAAAUCAUCAUUAUCCCAAAUAUCAGAGAAGAGUCUUCUCGAUACUGAAAAUCCCGAUACCUCGCAAAGUAAUGGACAAGCACCAGCAGUAAGUGUUCCUCUAUCUUUCGCUAGCUUUAUGUCCCCUUCAUCAUCGGGGAUAGCGACGCCUUCUGAGAGAGAAGUAACAACUACAAUCGCUCAAAGAAUCAUUCCUCCUCCAUCAGAAUUUAGAGGCAGUCCACCCGUAUCCGAGAGUCCCCCAUCUCAAUCAGAAUCAUCUAGAGCUAAAAUAUUUAAAUUAAUAAAAAAUGACGGCACAGGCUCUGAUGUGCUCAUGGGUAUGGAUGGUGCUGACUUGAGGUAUAUGGAUGAGAGCUCUAUCAUUGUUCCUUCCCCUACUAAUGAAAGUCCUCCAUCUUCCAUCACCUUUCCAACAGCUACUGAGCCAUCAUCUCCUCCUACAUUGAAUUCGGGUAUUAUAACAAAUACUUCAUUAUUACAGGCUGCUCUCAUACGAGCAACAGCUGAAGCUCAAGUAACACAACCCAAAACAAAUUUAUCUCCUCCACCACCUAUAAAAGUUAAUACCGAGGUAAGUUUAACUACUGGAGAACGUCCAAAACCCAUUAUAACCCUUGUAUCAUCGUCUUCCAAUAAUAAUGAAACUUCAUCUCAAAAACCAUCUGAAAAUAAAACCUCGACUUUAAAGCUUACUGAAACACCAGCAAUUGAAAAUAGUGAUAUUUCAAGCCCAGUAGUUAGUGGGGCGGGUCGUAGUGAUUCUAGGAGAGACUUUGUUAAAAAUAUAGGAAAAAAAUUGAAAGUCAAACGUUCAAAACGAGAUGGAUUAUUUCCAAGUAUUGGUAGGCAAAAAUCUAAGUCUGAGAAUAGAGCCAGAAAAGCGUUCCGGACGAUUUCUUUUAUAUUAGGCGCGUUUGUCGUUUGCUGGACACCAUAUCACAUUUUAGCGUUAGUUGAAGGCUUCUGUACAGAUCCACCGUGUAUUAAUCAACAUUUGUAUAUGUUUUCAUAUUUUCUGUGCUACGCUAAUAGUCCUAUUAACCCUUUUUGCUAUGCGUUAGCCAAUCAGCAAUUCAAAAAGACCUUCACCAGGCUUCUUCGGGGCGACUUUCAUAUUACC